AGUUUCCAUUGGUGGUUUCCUGUUAGCCUGACGACAAGGAAUGCUAUUGGCUGUUUGAUUUCAUUACUGAGGGAAGCUUCUGGAAGGUAGAAGGCCUUGCCGCCAUAUUAGUAGUGCUAGUUCUGACGGAGUAUAAACGAGAGCGGAACAAAAACUCGCCGGUGAACAGAUAUGGCUUCUGAUGACUUUGACAUUGUGAUAGAAGCAAUGCUAGAGGCUCCAUAUCAAGGCCAAGAGAGAGAGGACGAAAAUCAAAGUAAUGGGAGAAAGGAGAAAGAAGGCAGCAGUCAUUCAGGAUACAAUGGCAGCUACAGUAGCAGCAGCAGAAAGCGGAGUCGAACCCGGAGCCGUGAUCGACAUAGAAGCCUUAGUCGGAGCAGGGACAGGCACAGAAGAAGGAGCAGUAGAGAGAGGCACAGAAGUCGUGAACGCCACUACAGAAGCCGAAGCAGAGGCAGGUGGUACAGUUCUAGGAGCCGUGAUCGGAGUCGCCGUCGAGAGGAACGUUCAAGGCAUCGCAGUCCUGGACGGCGUUACACACGCAGCAGGAGUCGCAGUCCUCGGCACAAAGAAAAAAGCCCACUCAGGUCACCUGAACCUAAUUUGACUCCAGAAGAGCGAGAUGCACGGACGGUGUUCUGCAUGCAGCUGGCUGCACGCAUUCGUCCACGAGACUUGGAAGACUUUUUUUCAGCUGUUGGCAAAGUACGGGAUGUAAGAAUAAUUUCUGACAGAAACUCACGCAGGUCAAAAGGCAUAGCAUAUGUUGAAUUUGUUGACAUCCAGUCUGUGCCACUAGCCAUUGGGCUCACUGGGCAAAGGUUGCUUGGUGUACCUAUCAUUGUGCAGGCCUCGCAGGCUGAGAAGAACCGCCUGGCUGCCAUGGCCAAUAAUCUGCAGAGAGGUAAUUCAGGACCCAUGCGUCUAUAUGUGGGAUCUUUACACUUCAACAUCACAGAGGACAUGCUCAGGGGAAUCUUUGAACCUUUUGGAAAGAUUGAGAAUAUUCAACUCUUGAGAGAACCUGAAAGUGGACGGUCCAAGGGCUAUGGCUUUAUAACUUUUGUAGAUGCAGAGUGUGCUCGCCGGGCUCUGGAUCAGUUGAAUGGUUUUGAACUGGCUGGUCGACCCAUGAAGGUUGGUCAUGUGACAGACAGAGGAGAUGGCAAUACAGAUGUUUCAUUCCUUGAUAAUGAUGACCUUGAGCGAAGUGGCAUUGACUUGGGGGCCACUGGACGAUUGCAGCUCAUGGCUAAAUUGGCAGAAGGUACAGGUCUGCAGAUUCCUCUUGCUGCUCAGGCUGCUCUUCAACUGAAUGGAGCCUUUCCAUUUACUGCCCUGAAUCCGACCCUUUCGGCACUCAACCCAGCUCUCAACUUGGCAACACAAUCCAUCUCCUCACAGUGCUUCCCUCUCUCACACCUCUUCAAUCCACAAACUAUGUAAAUGAGGAACUUUAAAUAAAUUUGUGUUACUUAUUGUACAGACCUUGUAGUGAUUCUCCCCAUUUGUACUCUGCUGACUGUCUGGGUGAUGGAACCCAAAACCAGUCACCCCUUUAUUUUUGUAAAAAGAUUUGUUAGUCUGAGAAAGCUGUCUUUUGUACACAUAUAUACGUUCCUACAUUUAUGCCUAAUAUAUCCUAUGGGUGUAGAUUUUUCAAUUUAUUGUAGGAUUUUGUACAUGUUGUUGGUUGUUUCACUCCUAGUGUGUCCUGUAGAAUUGUCCCUCCUCUUCACACACAGCUGUAGCCUUGGGAUAUGGAAUUAGGGAUGAAAUUGUACAUUAUGUAAAUUUUCUACAUAUAGAAAGGUUUGUGUAAUCUGUGUACAUAUGAAAUUACAUGGAUCAUAUGUAAGAGGCAUCUACUAUGGUACUGCAAGAGCUUCUUCAGACACACAAGAAAAAUGUUCUGCGCUCUGGUCCUAUAUAGAUCACAGCAACAUGCGUGUGUAUACAGUGGCUUGUCGGUGCUUCUUACUGGCUGCUGUCAUGUUUUGUCAAGGGUGUUACAUUAAACUGAAUUAGGGAAGACCUCACAUUUAGCUAUAGGUAGCAGUUUCUACCUAAAGUUAUAGCAGGGAAAAAAAAAAGUUUAAGGGAAUGAAUCAAGUUAAGGAUGUAGUGAAGACAAGAACAGUUUUUGAGGUGGAGGAGGCAUUAAGCUUCACCUACUGGUUGGCUACUUGGCCUAUGUACUGUAUUUGACAGCUUUUUCUGAGCAUUCUAUCCUUUAAAAUUGUUUAAUUUACAUUGUAUAAAAUUAUAUACAAUAUAAAUUUCCCUAAAAAUAUACCAAAAUGAGGUCUAUUGGGUUUCUGUUAUUUUGUAAAUUCUUUUUUAAUAUUUGGUUAAAUAAAUAAAACCACAAAAAAUUAAAAAUUA